GACGGGAUCCCACUUCACCACCGUCCAGUGUCAGCGACCAGCUCACUGAACUCUUUCUUCACAUCUACCGGGGAAUCAAACAUCAGGCAGGCUGGAGGUGACCGUCACAGAAGCGUUAAUCGCUCGUGUAGACAGUACAGCCGUUGUUGUGAGUCUCGGCAGCGGGAUGGAGAUGGAGCAUUUCGACGAGCGGGACAAAGGUCAGAGGCACGGCCGCUCCAGCGCGAAGAUGAACGGGGUGCCGAGUCCCACACACAGCGCCCACUGCAGCCUGUACCGGACCCGGACCCUGAAGACUCUGAGCGCGGAGAAGAGAGCCAAGAAGGUUCGCUUCUACCGCAACGGAGACAGGUACUUCAACGGGAUAGUGUACGCCAUCUCUACGGACAGGUUCCGGACCUUUGACGCCCUGUUGGCCGACCUGACCCGCUCCCUGUCUGACAACGUCAACCUGCCCCAGGGAGUCCGGACCAUCUACACCCUGGAUGGCUCCAAGAAGAUCAUCAAUAUUGACCACUUGGUAGAAGGUGAAAGCUAUGUCUGCAGCUCCAUUGAAGCGUACAAAAAGUUGGAUUACACAAAAAAUGUCAACCCCAACUGGUCGGUGAACGUCAAGGCCUCAGCUGCUUCCUCCCGCGGCCCUCCCUCCCUGGGCAGCGCCAAGGCCGGGGGUCCCGAGAGCCGCGAAAACAAGGACUUCAUACGUCCGAAGCUCGUGACAGUGGUGCGGAGCGGAGUGAAGCCCCGCAAAGCCGUGAGGAUCCUGCUGAACAAGAAAACGGCCCAUUCCUACGAGCAAGUCCUGACCGACAUCACUGACGCCAUCAAGCUUGACUCUGGAGUGGUGAAGAAGAUCUACACGCUGGAGGGCAAACUGGUCUCAUGUCUGCAGGACUUCUUUGGCGAUGAGGACAUUUUUGUUGCAUGUGGACCAGAGAAGUUCCGCUACCAAGACGACUUGAUGCUGGACGAGAGUGAGUGUCGUACGAUGAAGUCGGUGAACUAUGGGAAGAUGUCUGGCUCUCUGAGCCGAGGCUCCCCGAGGACCGUCAUCCAAUCACGGCGCAGCAAGUCCCCUGCUUCUGUGAACGGGACGCCGGCCAGUCAGCUGUCCACUCCUCACUCGGGAAAAUCUCCCAGCCCCUCCCCGACCAGCCCGGGCAGCCUCAACCAACGCCGGGAAAAGGACAAAGCUGUGACUGAGCAUAGGCCGACCACAUCUUAGAGUUGCUAGAACACGAAGGAACCACAGCGUCCCAACAUCUUUAUUGUCCCAGAAAGGGGCGGGUCGUUGACCUCUGACCUCACACAGUGCUGCUCUGGGGAUUCCAAGAAUGGCAGGCUCAUGUUAGGAUCCUCUAAUGUUACAACUUUCAUCCAGUGUUAAUAGAUUUCAAGGGCAAAAUUCCCCCUUUUCAUGCAGAUUUUUCUGUCACAUCCCCCCCUACAUGCUGACCUGUAGCUCUUUGUUCCUCACAGAGAACUCCACCUGCCUUUGGUAGCCCAACAAUGAAUGAUGCUUUCACUGACUUUUAGAGAGAUGACCCGAUCUGUCAAGUCAGUAAUUUGUGCAAUAUCAGAUCUAAAGAUGAGACUGUCAAUUGGCCUGCUCUGAUCCUCGAGCCUGUUUUUAUUCUGCAAAAAUUGGUUUGCAUCCCUUGUUAGCUACCAGGCAGUGCUUUGCUGCAUGUUAGCAUAAGAAAAGACCCAGACAAUACUGAUCUUUUUUUUUUUUUUAUCAAGUCGUGUCAUUUUGUACAUGUCCUAUUGUGUAAAAGAUUUAGAAACACAUUUUAUACUAGUAAAUUUGAUUAUUUCAGCCAUUUUCCCCCAGGUACUCAGUUAUUGGCCUGGGUUUAAAAAAAAAAAAAAAACCUGUAAAAAAAAAAAAAAAAAAAAAAAGAAAUCUAAAUUUACAUCUGUUGUUCUGUAGAUAACAGGAGAAAGGAUCUGAGAUACAAACUCACUAUGUUCUCUGUGAAGCUUGUAGUUCCACUGUGCAGAGCAGGAGCAUGCAACUCAAACGGAAAACCUUGAAUUCCAUAGUCGAGAGGCUGAGUUCAUGGAAAGGCUGUUGUGUGUGUGUGUUCAACAUCAAAGUAUGUACUAAUCCAGUUUUUGACGGCGACGAUGGGCAGCUUUUAACGUCGGCCUCAAUCCUAAUCACUUCCCCAGUUUUUUUUUUCUCCCCCUCACAUGCAGCAGCAGCAGCUCUGUAAUUUGCAGGAGCUCCUAAGCCUGUUGCUGAUUUAGUUCCUUCUCCAUCAUAAACAAACAUCUCACACGCUCACUUCACCUCUGCCCGCACACAGACACGCGGCAGUAUGCAGCAUGUGAACCCGGAAUGCAUCCAUAUGAGCUCCACCACCUGCAUGUGUCUUGUGCUCCUCUCCAGCAUACCGACUGAAAACCCAACAGCAGGGGUGCAGGCGCAACCCGAUUGUUUGUUAGGGAGGGGAAGUCAAGAAUGUGGCUGCUUUUUAAUAGGACACAAAGAAAACAGUGGCUGUGAAUUACUUAUGCACACAAAUGAGCGUGUGUGUGUGAGUGACUGUACACUAAAACCAGCAUAGCAUACAGAAUUCAUUUAUCGCGCUCAGCAGCUUCAGUCUGGUGCUACUGUACAUUUGAUUUGCCAGGGAUGAAUGGAUGGUGGAGAGAGUGUGGCCCUCAGGCCUGUGAGUCCAUCAGUGAUGGGGUUGUAUGGAUGUGAUGUGAAAGUCAGCCGGAGACAACAGGAGCAGAUCACAUUUGGGUUGUAUGGCUGCUGAGAACAGGACAAGGUGCGCUGGAGCUUCCAGAGUCAUCAGUAUAAUGGAAGUGGGUCACCUUAGAUUUCCGUGUUGAAAGGGAAGGAGGUUUAUAAACUCUCUGCUUCCCGCUGAAUGAAUAAAUGUGGGGCGGUUAAUGUAGAUAUUUUAAGUAGUCAGUUUCUGCUGCUCUGUUCUUCCCUCUUAGUUCAGAGUGCGAUCCUGAACAGUCUGGGUUUGAGAGGUGAAGGAGCGCUGAAUGGAUGUAAAGAGAAAAAAGGAAAAACUAAUUCUUGCCCCAUCCUCUCCACAUUCAUCCACCCACUUUCCUCAUCAAACAUUAGCCCUCACAAAUUAUCUUUGUAGUGCAGUCCCUGACCUCAGCUGUACAGCAGUUAAAUACGAGUUUUACACAACAACAAGUUGAGUGUGUAUUUCUGAACCGGAGAUUAUUCCCGGCUUUGUGCUCGUUGACACGCCAUCCUAAGCCUGCAAUGGCUUGGCUGGAAGGAAGGGAGGGAGGAGGCCUCGCAGCCCAUUAUCUCUCGUCUCCACUCGGCAGCUUCACACUCUUCAGCCACAUUACGAUGUAAUUCUCUCCUGCACUUCUUACUUUCUCCAUCCGCCCUGUUAGUGACUCUCCCCCUCUGUUCCUUCCCUCCCUGACAGUUUCUAAUUUCUCUCUCACUCCAGCUUCCAUCCAUUCUCACUUACCCCCAACCCAUCCCCUCCCCCUUCCUCUCACUUCCCCAUAUGAAAGAGUAUUAACUUCACAGGGAGAAAUUAUAUUCCAUCAUUUCCCAUGUAGAUUAAUUCUAAGCUUCUUUGAGAAGUUCCUGGCAUUAUAUUUUCACAUUUUCUCUCCUUCUGCGUUCUCUGUGUAAACAUGCAUGAAUAAUCACAGAGUACACAAACUCAAAUCCUGUUAUUGUUAUGCUUACAAUGGCAAAUUUAACUCAAUCUUACCAAGCCAUCAGUCAGAAAUGACCCUUCUCCUUAAAACGGAAGCGUGAAUUUUAACAUCUGUGUUCUUAAAAGAACAUCUGGGGCUCAAAAAUAGCCCAAAUCCUCUGAUAUUUCAGCCAAUAAAGCACAGAAAGCCUCCACAAAUCCAUUUCCUAAGCAGCGACAGAGCCUCAGUGACCUACUAUGAAUGUUGCAUUUAAACAGCUCACCUCUCCGGACCCUGCAUUUAAACACUUAGAGGCACUAUGCUGCCUGAAGUAGGCUGCUCGCACGCUUCAGACCAUCAUAACCCAUUUCCCCGAGCAGAUUAUACAGACAUAGCAUAGCCCCCCCCCCCCGCUUUCACACAUACAUAGCUGCACGCGUACAGAGAAUCACUGCUACAUCCAUGUAGGCUUCAGAAAAGAAACACAUUAAUACAUGAAAUUGCUAUUUGUGAAGUUUUACACAGUUGGUUCACACUAGUAUGACCCAUUUUUAUGAAUUAUGAACAGAAGCAUGAAAAGAUGGUCUACAUUCAUGAAGUCUUCCACCCCCCCCCCUUCUCCUUUGUACUUCUUGUGGCUGCUUUCCUCACUAAGAGCACCAUAGCCUUCCAUAUUCAUAUUCAUUAUUAAACUGACAGACACAUGCAUUUUGUUUUCUGUCAAUGCCUGGUGUAAAACACGUACCGGAUUAAUCGAAUGGGCCGGCGAGGUCGCAGCUCUUCCCCUCUCUGUUUACUCCAUUAGCUGUGAAAAACACCAGACAGGGAAAUAAAUCAUUCAAAAAAAUUUAAAAUUAAAAGAGAAAAAGACAAUACACAGAGAAGUGACUGACAGACUGAAGGCAAGACAAACAGAUGGUCUAUGAUUCUAAUACACCAACUGUGAUAGAGUCAGGUGGCUGUUGGUGUGAGUGUAUGAGAGAAAGAAAGUGCUAAUUGUUAACCGUAGUGUGUCACCUAUAUCCACCUCUCACCAUUGAGUUGUUCGUGUGCACAAUCCAUUGAAUUGCAUGCUCCAUCUCUCAUUCUUACUGUCCAUAUUUUCGUGUCGGGUGAUUCAUAAUUAAAUUAAGUCAUUGUGUGUGAGUGAGUGUGUGUGUGAGUGAGAGAAAGAAAGAAAGAGAGCAGACUGAAGAAGAAUGUGUGUGUGUGUGUGUGUGUGUGUAAUGAAUUUGUUAAUUAUCGUCUCAUCUCAUCCAUGUGAGUGUGUUGUUACUAAGGGUUGUAUUUGUUAUUUGUCUGUAUUAUAUUUCCUAUUUCAUGUUGUGUUGAUGUCAUUAGAUGACUUGUUCCUUUUUCUUUUUUGUUUGUUGGUUCCUGUGACUGCCACAAAGACUGGCUGCAGCACAUGAGGAAAUGGUGCAACAAUGGCUGUCACUUUAAAGUCUAAACAGUGUUUCUUGAACAUUUUGUUCCUUAAAACUUAAGAAAGAAAUGAUUCCAACCCGGCUCAUGUUUACAUGUCUUUACAUAUUGAUAACAAUGAAAGAUAUGUAAAUAUGAAAAUUGUCUGUGGCAAAUAUUUGUGUAUUUGAUAAUCCGGUCCGUCAUCUACACGUUAUGAUUUCCUGAUGUGAGGCUGCCAGCUCUUCACGGCUCAUUUGUUUCUGUUUGUAAUUUUCUUUCAUUAAUGUAUUAAUUUCCAUUUGUUGAUGUCAUUAAAUUCAUUGUCAUUUCAUUUUCA